AUGCGGAUCCUGCGGUCAAAUGCGGAUCCUCGCAUCCGGACCUUCCCUGUAUCAGCGCCCACCUCGCGGACCCUCGCGUGCGAGGGAGGAGGGAGUGGCGAGUGCUCGUUCACGCACACACGCUCUCCCAAGGGGCCCCAGCCCUGGGUGGGCCGCCUCCCUGGCUCCCUCCACGUACAGACCCGGGACGCCGGGGGUCUGACCCGCCCCCCACCCCCCGCAGGGACCGGGAUGGUGGGUGUGCUGGCGCCCUCCCAGGUGCGCGGCUUCCGGGGCGACACCGUGAAGCUGCCGUGCAUACCGCAGCCGGAGCAAAACGUGCAGGGGACGCAGGGGACCUGGACGCGGGCUGAGCCGGCGGGAGACCCCCGCAGCGUGGCCAUCUUCCACCCCCCACAGGGCGCCAGCUUCUCCGAGCCUGGCCGGUUGGAGUUCGCGGCCACCAGUCUUGGCCAGGAGCUGCUGGACGCGUGGCUGGUCGUGCGGAGGCGGCGCGGGGAGGACCAGGCCAACUACACCUGCCAGUCUGCCACAUUGCGCAGGGCGGCAGGAGCGCCGGGACCUGGCCCCGCGUGCUCGGCGCGCGGGAGGGGAGCAGAUCUGGGAUCUGAACUUGGCCAUCCUGUACCCUCAGUUAGCCCCCCUCCUCUGCGACUGAGAUGUUUGUUGAAUGACUUCAGGCUAGAAGUCACCCGCCCCCUUUUCUCCUCUUGCCAGCUCCGCCUGGAGCCUGUGCCUGGAGCCCGCUGCAUCUCCAGCAGGGGGCGCCCGCCUGCCCAGAUCCCCUGGUCCUCCCACCUGGGUGGAAAGGCCAACAACAGCCAGGAGCCGGGGGCUCCUGCCUGGCUUGUGUGCCAUUAUCAGCCGCUUCACCUUAACUCCCCCAAGCCCGGCAGACGCCCCUCUGAGCCUACAUGUCUGUUUCCCCCAGAACCCCCUGAGGUUUCCAUCUCUGGCUACAAUGACCACUGGUACCUUGGUCGUAGGGAGGCCGGCCUGAACUGUGACGUCUGCGGGUCCUGUCCCCGUUCUCGAGGUGUUCACGCCCUCAGUCACCUCACCAAUCCCGAACAUGGGAUACAGAGGUCACUUCCCGUUUUCUACCAUGCGAAUGCCACGGCAGUGGCCGCCCUCGACUAUCCACCCCUGUCCAUGAGUCCCCUGCCACCCUCCGCUGUGGCCCAGGGCACCCUGUUCCUGAUUCAUACCGUGGAUGAGGCCAUCAACACGACUUUCAUCGCCCUAGGGACUGGCCAGGCAGAGCUGACUGUCUUGGUCAGAGGUGAGGAGCCCCCUGAGUGGGGAGACCAGAGGGACUAA